GAACUUAUAAUAUAGAUAUUAUUAUGAAAAGUAAACAAAUCAUUAAGAUUAUUUUUUAACUAAAACCAUAAAUUCUAUAGUACUUCUAAUAUCAUAACGGGUGUCCUUUUUGACUCUCAAGAUCAUAUACACAAGAAAAUGUUACAUAAAAAAUGUAUAUUAUUAACAAAAUUGAAGACGAAAAGUCGGUACUACUGUAGAUUUCUCUCAUCACAAGCCAAACUUGGCGUAAUUGAUAUUCCUUUUACUAACGGGACCACCCUGAAAUUGUCCACGGGCCGUUACGCAAGAUUCGCAGAUGGAGCAUGUGUUGUGUCUCUCGGUAACACAAGCGUGCUAUCAACUGUUGUGUCAAAAGCUAAACAAAGUCCCACUUCAUUCUUACCACUCACAGUUGACUAUAGACAAAAAGCAGCAGCCGCAGGACGAAUUCCUACCAAUUUUUUUAGGAGAGAACUGGGUCCAUCAGAAAAAGAAAUUCUUACUUCACGAGUAAUAGAUCGUUCUCUACGACCGCUCUUCCCGCAUAACUACAACUAUGAUACACAGAUAGUAUGCAACAUGUUGGCGAUGGAUGGAACGAAUUUGCCUGAAACAGUAGCUAUAAAUGCGGCAAGUGCAGCACUUGCACUCUCCGAUGUGCCGUGGAAUGGCCCUGUUGGUGCUGUUCGAUUAGGUCAAAUUGACAAUGAAUUAAUAAUAAAUCCAACACGUAAAGAAUUGGAGAAGUCUGUUUUGAACUUAAUUGUGACAGCUACCAGCAGUAAUCUAGUAGUGAUGCUGGAAGGUAGCGCCUCUGACAUCCUACAGCAGGAUCUACUCAAGGCCAUCAAAUUAGGAACCAAAGAAGCUCAACAAAUUGUGAGAGGGAUAGAGAAACUGCAGAAGGAUCAUGGUAAAAUGAAAAGAGAAUAUGAAAUUCAACCGCCUCUAGAACAAAACAUUGUUGAUACUAUCAAAAUAUUAUCUUCUAUGAAAAUCAGAGAAAUAUUGAGUGACUUCACCCACGAUAAGAUGUCCCGGGACAACGCCAUAUCCGAUCUACGACAGACCGUGCUGAACCAGUUCCGGGACACGAACUUGGACGUGACCCGCCUUCAGGACUGCUUCAAUGAGAACCUCAAGCAGAUAUUCCGCGAGAUGAUCUUCGAGACUGACACGAGAUGCGACGGCCGGCAUCUUGAUCAGCUCAGAGAUAUUAGCUGCCAGGUGUCGCUGUACGAGCCGCUCCACGGUAGCGCGGUGUUCCAGCGCGGACAGACGCAGGUGCUGUGCACCGUCGCCUUCGACUCGCCCGACAGCGCGCUCAGGGUGGACACGCUCACCAUGCUCACCAGCGGAAUCAAAGAGAAAAGUUUCUUCCUGCACUACGAGUUCCCGCCGUACGCGACCGGCGAGGUGGGUCGCACCGGAGCCCCAGGGCGUCGCGAGGCCGGCCACGGAGCCCUGGCCGAGCGGGGGCUGCUGCCCGUCGUGCCGCAACUACCCUACACCGUCAGACUUACAGCUGAAGUCUUAGAAUCGAAUG